CAAUGGACAUCAUAGAACCCAUCCUAGCCAUUGCCGAAAAGCUGUACAGCCUUUGCGAGGAGGUGAACACCAACAAGAAUCGUUAGCGCCUGGCUGGCCGUGUGUUCUUUCUGGUUGGGCUGGUGGAGACCGCAAAGGUUAAUGGCUUUGGGGCUGAACCCGAACAGGUUAGAAAUGGCCUUGAAAAUCUAAAACUCACUCUGGAGUCAGCAGAGCAGGUAGUGAAGAAAUACAGGUCCCUUACCCGUUUAAAACGUAUCAUCAAAGCACAUCGCCUCGGCGAGGAGUUCAGCUGCCUGAACGAGAGGCUGAAUGAUGCCGCUCAGGUGCUUUCUCUAGCGCUUCAGGUCGAGCACAGAGCAAGUAUAGAGAAAGUGUUUCAGGAAGCGACAAGGCGGCGGGAAGAUGAAGAGGACAGGCAGAGUGACUCUCUGGAACUUCAAGAACUGCUCGAGUCUUUGGUCGAGGAGAGCAAGGGAACGAACACAAUGGUUAACGCCGUACAUAAGACAGUUGACCAAACUCAAAAAGAUGUGCAGGACAUUAAAGAGAUCCUGGAAUCAUUGAAAAAACCUGUCCUUCAUUUACAAGACAUCAGAGAGAUUAAACCAGAAGAACUGACUUACAGUGUUCCUUAUGAACCCCUUAUGAAGAACAAGCAUUCAGAGCUUUACAAAGGGACGUACAACAAGUUCACCGUGGCCAUCAAGAGAUACUCAUGUCCUCUGUGCACCAGCCCCAGUGAGCUGAGGAGUGUUUUCAACAAGGAGGUGGAGACCAUGAAGCGUUUUGAGUCGCCCAAUAUCUUAAGAAUGUUUGGGAUCUGUGUCGAGGAAGAGAACGGACCAAAUCCCAGUUACCUGAUAGUCAUGGAGUACUGUGAAAAGGGAAGUCUUCGACAAGUCCUGGACAGCAAGUGCAAUCUACCCUGGGAGAGAAAGACACAGAUGUGUCUGGAUGCGGCUCAGGGACUCUACAGGCUGCAUCAGUCAGAGGAGAAGUUUAAAGUGCACGGCUCCGUCAGAAGCAGUAGUUUUCUGGUGGCCGCUGGCUACAGAGUGAAGCUUGGAGGCUUUGAGUUGGCAAAAACAGAAACUUCUCUUCUGAAGAAUAAAUCCAAAAGGAGCGGUGCUUUCCAUUACAGCUCUCCACAGCAGCUUCAGAACAUCAACUGUCCUUACAACAAGAUGUGUGAGAUCUACAGUUUUGGCAUUGUCUUGUGGGAAAUUGCAACAAGAGAUGUUCCUUUCAAAGACUGUACAAGCCCCGAUCAGAUCUUCCAAAAAGUGUUUGUAGAGAAGGUCAUGGAGCCGCUUCCAGCAGACUGUCCUAAAAAGCUGAAGGAGCUGAUCAAUGCCUGUCGAUCGUUUGAGCCCUUCCUACGACCGACCGCAGGAGUAUUGGUCGACAUGCUCCUGAAAAUGGUGGAAGAAGAUGAUUAAUGAUGAAUGAAGCACAUCUUAACAUCUGUAACUAUAACUACUGGCAAAGUUACUAUCUAUUCCUUUCAGGAAUAUUCCCGAAAUCAGGAUAAACAUAUCAUUUAAACCAAUACUGAACUAUUGGUUGAUUUACCAAAACCUUGCUUACUUGCAGUAGCCUACAUGAUGAAUAUACUGUAUAUGAUCCAUACAUUAUUGAUCUUAAUGUGAAGGUUUUGUCCAUGUUUUUGUGGUAUUUGUUAACCAUAGUUUUUUUCAAUCAAAAUGUCAAUAUUUUUUAUUUUUUUAACUGUUAAACAACAUACUUCUCUGUAUAUGUGUAUCAAGACUUUUUUCUGGUUGUUGUUGGUUUUUAAUUAAUUGUUGUCGUUAGUAUUAUUAUUAUAAAUUGCUCAUUAAUGAUGUUUGUACAGUAAUAGGCCUAUAUUGCAGAAAUAUAGUUUCAUUGCUGACAUAAAUAUGUGUUGUAAAUUUGAAGAUAUGGAGACAACUAGCUAAAACCAGCUACUUCCAGUUUAAAUCAGCUACGACCAGCCUAGGCAGUUAUUUCUGUUUUUUCAGCAGGGAUAUAUCCAUUUUUUAAAAAAGAAAUUUUUACGAAUCAUCCUAUUUCUAUUGUUUAUCAAUAAAAUAAUCAAUAACUGUUGUUUGUUAAG